CUCUCUCAUACAUCUGCUCAUACCAGAGCAGGAACACAUGUACAGGAAGCCCUCAGAUACUAAACGACUACGCCUGUUUGUCAGCAGCAUGCGUGUAUAAACUGGUCUUGAAUGCAUGCAGCUCACAGGCUCCCUGCUCAGCUGGGUGGACUGUCCAUGAGUGCUGGGUAUCUGUCUCAGGAUGUCACGACGGGACCAGAGGUUCAGGAGAGGAAUGACAGGACGGUGUUGUGAAUGUGGGUGCAUCCUGUCUCACUGGUACUACGAACGAGAGGGACAGCUUUUCUGUAAAAAGCACUACUGGUCCCGUUUUGGAGAACACUGCCACGGCUGCAAGGAAACCAUCACGACGGGACUCAUAAUGGUUGCAGGAGAGCAAAAGUAUCACCCUGAGUGCUUCACUUGUAUGAGCUGUGAAAUGGUCAUUGGAGACGGAGACACAUACACACUUAUUGACCGCUCUAGACUUUAUUGCGGCCACUGUUUCUGUCAGGGUGUUGUGCCGGCUGUGAGGUCAAUCUCCCUGACAAAGCGGCCCCACAUGGUGGCGCUGGUGACUCUCCCUCCCAUCGCAGCUGGCCGGCGAGGCCUGACUGUUGCCACUAACUUCAGCCAAGACACAAAACCUCUCGUCACUGUGACCAAUUUAGAUUCAUCGGUCUUCAGCCCUGAUCUGCUCUCUUCUAUCCAAGCUGGUGAUCGAGUACUAGAGGUCAACGGCAUUCCUGUCCGCAACAUUUCACCAGAAGAGAUAGACCGUGUUGUGCAGGACACAAGCAGACCACUUCAGCUGACCAUUGAGCACAACCCUCAUUCUCCUCUUCAAUCAGAGAGUUCCCCAGAAAGAAUCAACUGUCCUGACUCUUGUUUCCAUGAUAAACUUACUUCAGCCACAAAGCUCCCGAGUCUGGAGGAAGAGCCGAAUAAAAAAGAGGAAACAGAUGGACCAAGGAUGAGCCUCUCACCACCUCAACACCAAGGAAGCACAGGGAUUCGAUCCAGGCACAUUUGGCGAAGCUGUAGCAUAGACAAGUGUCCCCUGUCUCCUAGAGCGCUGUCGCUCAUUUCUCAAAAGAGGGACAUGGUUCGCUCAGAGUCUCUUCGGGUAGACCCUGGGGAACGCACACAUCGCAUCUUCAGACCUUCAGAUCUCAUUCAUGGAGAAGUCCUGGGCAAAGGCUGCUUUGGACAAGCUGUCAAGGUAACGCAUCAAGAGACAGGGGAAGUGAUGGUGAUGAAAGAACUCAUACGGUUUGAUGAAGAAACACAGAAGACAUUCUUAAAGGAGGUGAAAGUGAUGCGCUGUCUCGACCAUCCCAACGUGCUCAAGUUUAUUGGACUGUUUUAUAAAGACAAAAGAAUACAUUUUGUCUCCGAAUACAUCCAGGGGGGCACGCUCCGAGAGACCAUUGUGAAAAUGGAUGAGGAUUUUCCUUGGAGAAUAAAAGUUGGUUAUGCCAAAGACAUAGCAUCUGGAAUGGCUUAUCUACACUCCAUGAAUGUUAUCCACAGAGAUCUCAAUUCAUACAACUGUUUGGUCAGAGAGGACCAGUCUGUGGUGGUGGCAGAUUUUGGACUUGCCAGACUGGUGAUGGAGGAAAGAAAUCAGAGCAAAACUUCUUCUCUGGAAAGGCCUGCAAAGGGGUCACUGUCGGAACUGCGCAGAACUGACCGGAGGAAGCGGUAUACUGUGGUAGGAAACCCUUACUGGAUGGCCCCUGAAAUGAUCAAUGGGAAAAGCUAUGAUGAACGGGUGGACAUAUUUUCCUUUGGGAUUAUGACAUGUGAGAUUAUUGGUAAAGUGAGUGCAGAUCCUGACUAUCUUCCACGGACAAAUGAUUUUGGACUAAAUGUAGAAAGUUUCUUGCAACAGUACCACCCUCCUGAGUGCCCCUUUGCCUUUCUGCCAUUGGCUGUUCUCUGUUGCGACAUGGAUGCUGAAAAACGUCCAUCCUUUUCAAAGCUGGAAGAGUGGUUGGCCAACCUGUUGAUGCACCUGGACAUCAACUUGCCUCUGCUUUCUGAGCUAGAGCAACUCUGUAAAGCUUUUUGGAAGAAUCACAACCACAGCCAUACUCACAACCAGGACAAGGCUCUUGUACCUCAUGAAGAAAAGUGUUUGGAGCCUGAUCGACAGAGCCCAAGCCCCAAAGAAUCCAAUCAGCCAAGUCCGAGCCACAGUCAAAGCAGCACUCACAAGAGUGACUUGAACAGUGAGCAACACACUUGUGAAAAUCACAACAAUGUGAAGACUGGAUCACAAGACACAAACAACUCUUGCUACAGGUCUGUCUGUGUGGAUAUAGACCAUAGUUCAUGGGAAACAGACAAAGACGGUAAUUUUGUAGCUCAAUCAAAUUCCCAGCAUGAGCCCUUAAAACCACUGCAGGUCAACAGCCCACCACUAAGUAAGUCAAGCAAGCCUAAAAGGACAAGUCAAGUGCUGUGGGAUAGAUCUACAGAAGACAGCUCUUUACUCUGACUGUUUAUCUAAUGGAUGAGGUGGGACACAGCUACAGCUCUGAAUAAAUUCAAUUGCUGAGGGCAGUUUUGCCUUAGUGCCCUCAUUUUCAA